AGCGGCGCGGCGAAGCCUGGCGGGCUGGAUGCGAGCGGCGGACGGGCGGGAGGGAGCCGCGCUCGGACCAUGAGGCUCCGACUGUGGCUGGUCCCUGCGCUGGUGCUGCUGUGGGGGCCGGGCGGGCUGGAGGCGCUCGGGCGCCCGCCGCGCAGUCAGCACUACGAUACAGUUGAAUCCAUGCUUUCAGACUAUGAUAUCCUUUCUCAGUCUAGUAUCCAGCAACACUCACUGAAGAAGAGGGACCUCCAGCCUGAGACACAUGUAGAGAGACUCUUAAGUUUUUCAGCCCUGCAAAGGCACUUUAAAUUAUACUUAACUGCAACUGCUGAACACUUUUCAGAGAAAUUUCAAGCAUUAAUUGUGGAUGGUGAAGGCAAGGAGAAGAAGUAUCGUGUUCAAUGGCAAGACUUUUUCACUGGACAUGUUGUUGGGGAGCAUAACUCCAAGGUCGUGGCACAUAUUGGGGAUGAAGACUUUACUGUAAGAAUCAAUACUGAUGGAGAAGAAUACAACAUAGAGCCACUCUGGAGAUUUGUAGAUAAUGUGCAAGAUGACAGACUGCUGGUCUACAGAUCUGAAGAUAUUAAAGAUUUCUCACGAUUGCAGUCUCCCAAAGUGUGUGGUUAUUUAAAGCUGGAUGAAGAAGAACUGUUGCCAAAAGGACUAGAAGAUAGCAAGCAAAGUGAAGCAAGCAUCCAUCGGGAGAAAAGAGCCGUUUCCGAGAACUCAAAGAACACGUGCAAGAUGUUGGUAGUAGCAGAUCAUCGCUUUUUUAAGUAUAUGGGCCGUGGGGAAGAGAGUACUACUAUAAACUAUUUAAUUGAAUUGAUAGACAGAGUAGAUGACAUCUACCGAAAUACUUCCUGGGACAACGGGGCCUUCAACGGGUACGGCAUACAGAUAGAGCAGAUUAUCAUCCACAAUGAACCAAAUCAUGUAAAACCUGGAGAUAAGCAUUACAACAUGGCAAAAAGUCAUCCAGAUGAUAAGAAAGAUGCCUGGGAUGUGAAAAUGCUGCUUGAGCAAUUUAGCUUUGAUAUUGCUGAAAAGGCAGCUCACGUGUGCCUUGCUCAUCUCUUUACAUAUCAAGAUUUUGAUAUGGGAACACUUGGAUUAGCUUAUGUUGGCUCUCCCAGACCUAACAGCCAUGGUGGCAUUUGUCCAAAAGCUUAUUAUAGUCAAAUUGCCAAGAAAGACAUCUAUUUGAACAGUGGCUUAACCAGCACCAAGAACUAUGGGAAAACUAUCCUCACAAAGGAGGCAGACCUGGUAACAACUCAUGAACUGGGACAUAACUUUGGAGCAGAGCAUGAUCCGGACAGUCUGCCAGAAUGUGCCCCAACUGAAGACCAGGGAGGGAAAUAUGUUAUGUAUCCAAUUGCUGUCAGUGGAGAUCAUGAAAACAAUAAGAUGUUCUCAAGCUGCAGCAAAAAAUCCAUCCAUAGGACCAUAGAGAUCAAGGCCCAGGAGUGCUUCAAAGAGCGCAACAACAAAGUGUGUGGGAACUCCAGGGUGGAUGAAGGGGAGGAAUGCGAUCCUGGCCUCUUGUACCAGCAGGCUGAUCCCUGCUGCUCCGCAGACUGCAAACUGAAAGAUGGUGCCAAGUGCAGUGAUCGGAACAGCCCCUGCUGCAAAGGCUGCCAAUUUGAAAGUGCACAGAAAAAAUGCCAAGAAGCCAUAAAUGCUACUUGUAAAGGAGAGUCUUUUUGCACUGGGAACAGCAGUGAGUGCCCUCCUCCAGGAAAUGCUCCAGAUGACACAGUUUGCGUGGACAUGGGGAAGUGCAAGGAUGGGGAGUGUGUCCCUUUCUGUGAGAGGGAGAAGAAUCUACGGUCAUGUGCGUGUAAUGAAACUGAUAACUCCUGCAAGGUGUGCUGCCGGGACGAGCAGGACAGGUGUAUACCGUAUGUCGACGCUAACAACCAGUUCCUGUUCCUGCGCAAGGGAAAGCCCUGUACUGUGGGCUUCUGUGAUACAAAUGGCAAAUGUGAGAAGCAAGUACAGGAUGUGAUUGAACGAUUUUGGGAUUUCAUAGACCAACUUAGCAUCAAUACUUUUGGAAAGUUCCUAGCGGAUAAUAUAGUGGGUUCUGUGCUCGUCUUCUCCUUACUUUUUUGGAUUCCCCUCAGCAUCCUUGUGCACUGCGUGGACAAGAAAUUGGACAGACAGUACGAGGAGAACACAAAGUCUCUGUUUUGCCCCAGUAACGUGGAGAUGCUCAGCAGCCUGGACUCGGCGUCUGUGCGAAUAGUCAAGCCCUUCCCUGCAGCGCAGUCAACAAGCCGGCACCAGCCGCUGCAGCCUGUCACCACAGCACCCACAGUGGCUGCGGCACCGAAACAGGACCACCAAAGAAUGGACACUAUUCAGGAAGACCCCAGCACUGACUCCCACAUUGACGAAGAUGGGUUUGAGAAGGACCCUUUCCCAAAUAGCAGCUCGGCUGCCAAAUCUUUUGAGGACUUGACGGACCAUCCCGUCACUAGGAGUGAGAAAGCUUCGUCUUUCAAGCUCCAGCGCCAGAACCGAGUGGACAGCAAAGAAACAGAAUGCUAGAGUCUUGCUGCCUUCUGAAUAUGACUUGUGUGUGCAAAAUAAGUUCAUUUGGAUCUAAAACCAUUUCAUUUAUAUAAAUACAAGUGUAUAUAUAUUUUUGUGAGGGAGCGGGAGAAAUAAGGAAGUGACCUACUGCAGAUGCUGGUCAUGUGUAUGACCUUCCUUAAAUUAUGUUUACUAGAGCAUUAUAUCAUUUAAAAACAAAAAUCCAAACUAAAACUAGCUUGUUUUUGAAGCUUUUGGAUUUGUUUUUUCUAUCUUCUUGACCUUUAACAUUUCCUUCAACCUGUGGUGCAAAACAGAAUAUCCUUCUGGAUGUUGGAUUGUGUAUAUCAGCCUUUUUUUUAUAAUUUAAUGUUUUGUAGUCUGACUGCACUGAUAGAAAAGUCAUGGUCUUUUUAAACAAAAUGAAACACUGCAGUAUGUUCAGCUUAGAGUAGGUCAUUUAGCAGUUUAAAAUACAUGUAAGCAAAUGUUACAGAUACUGAAAAUAAAAUGAGAUUAAUGAAACAGGUUAAAAAAUAGUAACAUAUAAUGAAGACACAUAAUCAGAAUCAAGGAAUCAAGAGUCACACAGAGGCCGUAAAACCUAACGCAAUGAAUGGAAAUGCUCCUUGAAUUUAACCUUUUUGCCUCUAGCUGUGAGGAGUUGUUUAGCUUUUGUGUUUUCAUUGCAGAGAAAUGCUGCAGUUAGGAGUUUUCCCACUCUGCAGUAAGAGGGUCACGUGCUGCAGGAGUCUGGCAGGAGAAAGAGAAGUUUAAGUUGAGAAGACAUUUUUGUAGAUGAGGACUGUUUUAACUAACUGUUUACAGUGGUUGUUUCAGUGCAGAAAUGUUUCUUUAAAUGUUAUUUUUAAGUAGGUAAUACUACUCUUGAGAUGUUCAGUUUGCAGGGUCUCUGUGACUUUUGGAAGCUCCUACUGCAUUUAAAUAAUGGCAAAAAUAUUGCACUCCAUUGCAGGGAGGGCUUGUUAUUUAAAAACAAUGGUAAAUUCAAUUCAAAAUAAAUAAAGCUUUGCAAAACUUAGAGGGUAAGUACAAGGAAGACGCUUCUUCAAUUCAAGUUUCUGCACAGUAAAUAUAAUGUUAAAAGUUUGCAGCUUUAACAGUCUCCUCUAAUUUGAUAUACAUGCAUAUAAAUUUGAAGCUCUGUAAAGUAUAAUGGCUGGGAAUGGUACACGAAAGCUGUUUCAGCCUAGCAACAGAUGGACUGACAGAAUACUCACAGAGCGACAAUUUUGAUAGUGAAGACUGACCUUCAUUCUGCAUCCGUUUCCUCCCAUAAUCAUGUAUAAACAAAACUGACAUAAAACUUAGAACAACAGUAGAACCUUUUAACUUUUAGAAACAAGUCUGUGCUCAGUCACCAAGGAACCCUAUCUAUGGAAAACCUUUGUAUUUUUAAAUGUGAGAGAAAGUAACCAAACAUGUGACGAAAGAAUCGUGCAAGACCCCUUCCCCCAUCUCCCCACCCAAGGAUAUUUGUUACACUAAUACUUGAACGUGUGCCUUAUGGUAUUCCUAUCUGACUAUCUGACUAGUUAUUGUAUUUUAUAUACUGGUUUUGGUUUUUUUUUUUUUUUUUUUUUUUUUUUUUUUUUUUUUUUUUUGAUUCAGUGGAAAGUAAAUGUGUGAGAGGAGUU